AUGUCCAUUGCUUGCCCGAUUUCUUCAAUGGAUUCGAUUAGUGUCGGCAAUCGGGUUUACUUCCCCUUGGAGGGUGAGGAGGAGGAUGAUGCUGCUGCCGCAGGGUAUUACGCCUACCACAUUGAACACAAAACCCUCUCCGUUUCUUUACUCGCACCUCCCCCCAAGUUGUUUUCUCCAUGUUGGAUAUUCUGUCCUGAUGAUCAAGCACUAGCUGUGGCUGAACGGGACUAUCUUCUUGCUGAUUCUUCUUCAUCAUCCAACAAACAUCAGUUACCCCCAUUCUUCUUCAGGGGAGACGACAAUACUGAACUGACAUUCCUAAAUAACAAUGAGGUUACAAUUUGGGAUGAUCUUCCUCAGGACAUUUUGAAAACUAUAUCUUCAUAUCUAAUCAACCCUUUUGAUCACUUAACCUUCCGAGCAGUUAGUAAACUUUGUCGUUCGGCAGCUGGUUCAGCUCCGGAAUGGAGAAGCAAAGUAAUUGAAUCAGGAAAUGAAUAUGAUGAGCUCGAGAGGAGCAGUGUAUUAUCUCCAUGGCUGAUGAUGCCUAAGUCUCUGGUGCAGGGUUAUGUCAGUUGUAUGUUGGAUCCUGAGUCGCAAAAAGUGGAAGCACAAUUCAGAUUGAGCCUGAAAUGUUACAGUCCCUUAACCAAGUCCGCACUCCUUUUACCCGAUUUGCCUCAGGCGGCAGAGCAUUUCUUUAUCCUUCACUCACCUACCUCAUCCGAUUGCCGUAUUGUUGGGAUGUCAAUUGAACUAUUACGCUAUUACUGGAUUGAAGCCGGCAAGAGCGAAUGGAACGAGGACUAUAUAAUCCGAGAAGACGCCAACAACGAUUACCUCUAUGCAAAACAAUCCAAUUCCUACCCAGUUUUUGUCGACGGAUGCUUUUAUUUUCUAGGUGGCGAUAAGAGUGUGCUUGUUCUUACUCUCAGAGCAGAUGAAACUAAUGUUCUAAGUGUCCAUCAGCUAGCAUCACCUUGUAGCGAUUCUUACUACCGAAAUUUCUUGGUGGAGUGCAAUGGAGAUGUGCUAUCAGUGUAUGAAGGAAAUGGAUGGAAAUGGUGCAGAGUUUUCAGAUUAGAUCACUCAUCCUCAGCCAUGGUUUGGGAAGAAGUGAAAGACUUGAAAAACUAUAACUGGUAUCUAUCUUUUGUUUCAGGUUUUGGGAAAGAGGCUAAAAGGCCUGGAAUGGGGAACAAGAUUUACUUUACCUGGUUUUAUGAUGACUCAAUCAUAUAUUUUUCCCUUAAUACAAACAAUUUUUACUGCUCAAAAGGCAAGGGAGACGAAAGUGUCGAGGACUCAAUCAUGAGUUAUAAUGGAUCAAAAGAACAGUUACAUUGUUGCUGGUUCGAGCCAACACCCUGCCCGAGACCGAGAGAAAAAACAUAUUCAGACCUUCCAUCGUCGCAUUAA